AUGGCCCGUGAUCCUCUGAUCGGUCUCGUUGGCAAGCCAUCGUCGGGCAAAUCCACAACUCUCAACAGCUUGACUGACACAACAGCUAAAGUGCCAAAUAGAGCGAUAGGCUAUUUGCACAUUCAAUGCGCUUGCUCUCGAACAUCAAUAUCAGGCAACCAACCGCAGUCUCCACUCGACCCGCCAGUGCUUUCGACCAGAUGUAGACCCAACUAUGGCUCAUGUCAGAAGGGAGUGCGGAGUGUGCCUAUCGAGCUGCUAGAUGUUGCGGGACUCGUACCAGGCGCACAUCAAGGCAAAGGACUUGGCAACAAGUUCCUCGACGAUCUCAGACACGCCGAUGCCUUAAUUCAUGUGGUUGAUGUCAGUGGCACGACGGAUGCGGAAGGAAAAGCUACACGAGGUUACGAUCCAUCGCAAGACAUUGCCUGGUUAAGAUCGGAGAUCGUCAACUGGGUGCUUGGAAAUUUGAUGCAGAAAUGGGGAGGCAUUAAACGGAGGCAUACAGCUGUGAAAGCCACGUCAGUUGAGACUCUCCAAGGACAAUUCUCUGGCUAUGGCUCGACCGCCGCCGUUGUAGCAAGGACUCUCGAUAAGCUGAACCUGAAGGUACCCUUACCAGACUGGGACGAUGAGACAAUCAAGCGAGUUAUCGACCACCCCGAUGCGGAUAAGAACGUCUCGAAAAUUGCCAAAUCAGAAAAGCCGGAGAGAAUAGUACUCUGCAGCGCCAUUUCAGAAGUGUUCUUGCGCCGACUUGUCAAGCAAGGCUUCAUCCACUACAUUCCUGGUUCUGAGUUCGUAGACACUAGGGAAGAUCUUGUCGAACAAGGGGAUCCAGAUGGCGGCGGUCUCAAGGAAAUGGACGAGAAAUUGAAGACACGCAUUGAAAACAUGAAGGACAUGGUGCUAUAUCGAUUCGGAAGCACAGGCGUCAAUCAGGUUCUGACGCGGGCCUCUGAACUGUUGGGCUUGACGCCGGUCUUUCCGGUAAGAAACAUCGGCACGUUCGGCAGCGGUGAGGCUGGAACCGCAGGGGGCGAUAGAGCAGCUGUGUUUCGAGAUUGUGUCUUGGUCAAGAAGGGCAGUACUGUGGGAGAUGUGUACCGAAAAGUGAUGGGUGAUGCUCCACUCGCUUAUGUUGAGACUGUGGGCGGCGUCAGAGUGAGCGAGGACGAUGAGGUCUCGCCCGGCAAGAACGAUAUUUUAUCGUUCAAGGUUGGCAGAGCGUAA